AAGAAAGCUCGCCCAGAUUACUAAACAAGACAAACAUUUAAUACCUGUUUUUCUCAAAGCUCUGGACAGGGAAGGAAGAAUCUAUAUGUUUGAUCUGGUCCACUAUUACGAAGUUAGGUACAAUUUCUAUAUAUACGUACGCUAUAGACGGAACACUUACUGUAAAAAUAUCUAAUUGUAUAAUUGAACCGGAACUCAUUAGUAACUUUUCUAAAUAUUAAAUAUUUGACACUGAUCCGAUUGUUCAAAUUAUCUGAAUUGAUCUCUCUCCAGAAUUUUUUUAAUAAUUAAAGCUUAGCACAUUCUAUAGUUCUUUAUAAAGUUCGUGACUUGUUUAUUUUUCGCUACAACAAGGAAUUCAAAUAUACCCCUAAUAAAAAAGUGUGUUUGUUAUUAUUUCAUGUGGUACAACCAGGUAAAUAAUUGGCUCCAACUGUUUGGUUAAUGAAUUGAAAAUUCGUCUAAAACUUCGUUAAUUGAAGUUGAAAAAUUCAUAAGCGAUCACCAGAAUAAGUUUUAUAGUUAUCAUUCAAUUUAUUUUUUCUUUUUAUAAAUUUCGGGGUUUCGCUCGACAAGUUUAAAUUUGGCGCUUAUAGAAGUUUUAGUAUGGGAUUGGUGGUGGAAGUCGUUUCGCUCUCAGCUGUUGCAACUAUAAACACAGCUGAAGCAGGACCUAUCUAGUUGAUAUUUGAUUGCUGGUGUUUUCAACCACUGGCAUACAUGACACUUCCGAAAUUAUUUUUGUUUCGUGACUAAGUAUAUUUUAGUCAUGGGUCGAGUAAGAAGGCCCAAGAACAGCGUUUUCAGAAAUAUUAUUGAACAACAAUAUGAUGAAUCAGUCAAGUACAAACUCUAUAGAAGUGUUAAAGGGAGUAAAGACUGGGUUCAACGUCUUGGAUUGUUAAGAAACUUACCUGUUCAUAAUGGAUGUGUAAAUUGUAUUUGUUGGAAUGAAAAAGGAGAUAGGCUUCUCUCAGGUUCAGAUGACCAACAUUUGGUUGUUUCUAAUCCUUACAAUUAUAAGGUUUUGACUAAUUACCGUAGUAGCCACAAAGCUAAUAUAUUCAGUGCUAAAUUUUUGCCUUGUACAAAUGAUACAGGGAUAGUAUCAUGUUCCGGAGAUGGAAUGAUACUGUAUUCAGAUCUGUUACGCCUCAAUGAAACCCAUAACAAUGUUUUCAAUUGUCAUGUUGGCACUACUUAUGAAGUAGCAACGAUCCCUAAUGAUCCAUAUACUUUUCUAAGUUGUGGAGAGGAUUAUACUGUGAGAUGUUUUGAUUUAAGAACUAAAGAGAAGUGCAUUAAAGCCAGAUGUAUGGAAAUUUGUAAUACGGAUGUUAUUAUAUCGUGCCAGAGAGCUGUUACUGCACUUACAGUCAAUUCAGCCUUUUCCUACCAGCUUGCCAUUGGUUGUUCUGAUAGCACAGUUCGUAUAUAUGAUCGAAGAAUGUUGGGAGGAUCAGGAGGUGAAAAUGCUAAACCUUUGAUGACUUACAUAGCACCAGGAAUGGAAGGCAGAUCGUUUCGGAUAACAUCAUUAAGUUUCUCACCUCGUGGUGAAGAUAUUCUAGUCAGCUAUUCUUCUGAACAUUUAUAUUUAUUUGGAGUCCAGCAUGGGGAAACUAUGACACUUGAGACUGAGAGUUUGGUGGAGGAACCGAUGAGCGUCGAUGCUGAUUCACCAAUCGCUCCCGUGAGGAGGCUGAGGCUCCGAGGAGAUUGGUCAGACACCGGCCCAGAUGCCCGUCCCCAAAAUUAUCUUCCUCCAGGUGGAGGUGGAGCGAGCCAAGCUAGGCCUACUCUUCAUGGGACUCUAAUGCAACGUAUGACCGACGUCUUAUCUCGCAUGCUGAAUGAUCCUGCGACACGAGCUGCUCUCAGCCAUGGCGGAGAAGCUUUUCCUGAGUCUGACCAGUCAUCACAUAGUGAACCACCUGCCCAUGCUGGGAGUGAAGGUGAUGAAGGGGAGGAAGAUGUUGCUACGGGUGAAGUGAUAGAAGAAGUCAGUAAUCCCCAUCCUCUUGAUCUUCCGUUGCCUUCCUUCAGUUCUUCCUUCAGUCAGCCUCAGCAGGAGGUACAAGUUGAAACGAUGGAAAUCGAAGAACAUGUUGUGGCCAGUCGAGAGGAUGAAGCACAGCAGGAAAACAAAGAAGAAACUCCUUCACCUUCCACUUCUUCUGCUCCAGUAGAGAAAGCUUCCACGAGUAAUGCUCAGGAUUCUAAUAUUUCUCAUCUCAAUGAACUUUCUACCAUGUACCACGGCUUUGUGGAAAAACACGGUGUAGAACCAAUGGUUAAUCUUAUGUAUUCUGACGUGGGCUCAACAGCAUCAUGCAUAUCUGUUUUUGUCGGAAAGGAGAUGUCUCGACAAACACCUGAGGAGCAGUGUAAAACAUCUGAAGAGCAGCCAGAGGCAGCUCCUCCUAGUUCAGAACCACCUGCAGUUAGUGAAAGUACUUCUGGCGAUAAUAAUUUUACCCCAUCACAAGAUGAUGAUCCAAGCUUACCACGAAUACAUUCUGUCAGGGGAAACGUUAGCUUUAGUGAUUCCGAUGAUGAUUUGAGCCCAGUCUUAGCUGCUGAAUGUCGACUUGUUCAUCCAAUUGAAAAACAUAUGGAUGAUGCAAUUAAGAAUGCGAGGAAUGAAAGUUUAGAAGAGAAAGAUGAACCUACAAAAACUAGAAAAUCAUACUUUAAGCAAAAAUAUGUUGGACAUAGGAAUGCCAGAACAAUGAUUAAAGAAGCAACGUUCUGGGGUGAAGACUACGUCAUUUCAGGAAGUGACUGUGGGCAUGUGUUCAUGUGGGAGAGGCAAGAAGGACGCCUGGAGAUGCUGCUCCAAGCGGAUCAGCAUGUGGUCAACUGUGUUCAACCUCAUCCCUACCUUCCCCUUCUCGCCACCUCUGGAAUUGAUUAUGAUGUCAAGCUAUGGGCUCCGAUACACAGCGAGCCAACCUUCGACCAGGAAAUGGCUGAGGAGCUAAUGAAGAGAAAUGCGGUGAUGCUCGAGGAGACUAAAGACACGAUCACCGUCCCCGCUUCCUUUAUGAUCAGAAUGUUGGCCUGCCUCAAUCAAAUCAGAAGAGGUCAGUGGUUUGUAUUUUAGCAACACUUUUAUCAAUUCCAUCCUUACUCUUUUAUUGUCUCUGAUGUCCAACUGCUUCAAACUGUAAAUAUCAAUAAAAUGCUUAGCUUCCUUAUCCUUGUUUUUU